CACGGUUUCGGCGCCCCCCAUUUGGAUUUAGAAACCUCCCUCCCCCUUCUCCCGGGAGCGCUCCUCCUACGCCGUUCCUAGGGACGUCCGGUUACUGCAGGACUCCCUGAGCUGGGAGAAGCAAAGCCCCCAAACAGAGGGCAGGAUGUGGCCCCCACCCUUAACCCAAGAUUCAGCCCUCCCGCGCGGCCCACCUUGGGUGUGAGUCUAUGCUCCUGGCUCAGAGCUCUGGGCUGCUGCCUCCCUAGCCUGAGCAAAUCGCUCCCCAACAGGCCUGCUCCCCUUUGCUGGACCAGGUGCUGGUCACACACUCGGGUGGCCUCUAGUCAAAUCCAGCCCUGGGGGACCCUUGAAAGAGAUCCGAUCCGGCUCAUUCCUGGGCUACUCCCUGGAAACAAACCUGGAAACAAGGUUCCCCAGCAGGCUUUGGACAGCGAUGCAAGGCACUUUUCUUCUCUUAACCUCAGUCUCCUCAUCUGUGAAAUGGGGAUAAGAGCCUCUACUGUGCAGCGUUGCCAGGAAGAUUCAAUGAGGAAACUGAGGCUCAGAGAGGUCACAUGGCUUGCCCAAGGCCCUUCAGCCUUCCAAGGACAAGCUGCUUUUCCCUUCUGAUGAGCCUCAGUUUCCUGAUCUGUACCGCUGGGACAGGACCAUGGUGUGACCUCACAUCCCUGCCCCCUGGGCCACCUGCAGGACACUGGCCCCUGCCCCUCAGCAGACGCCGGAAAGAGAUGAGUAGCAACAAAGAGCAGCGGUCAGCAGUGUUCGUGACCCUCUUUGCCCUCAUCACCAUCCUCAUCCUCUACAGCUCCAACAGUGCCAAUGAGGUCUUUCAUUACGGCUCCCUGCGGGGCCGCCUCCGCCGGCCCGUCAACCUUAAGAAGUGGAGCAUCACUGAUGGAUACACCCCCAUCCUUGGCAACAAGACGCUGCCCUCCCGGUGCCACCAGUGUGUGAUUGUCACCAGCUCCAGCCACCUGCUGGGCACCAAGCUGGGCCCCGAGAUUGAGCGGGCCGAGUGCACAAUCCGCAUGAACGACGCACCCACCACAGGCUACUCCGCCGAUGUGGGCAACAAGACCACCUUCCGCGUGGUGGCCCAUUCCAGUGUAUUCCGUGUGCUGCAGAGGCCCCAGGAGUUUGUCAACCGGACCCCCGAAACUGUGUUCAUCUUCUGGGGUCCCCCAAGCAAGAUGCAGAAGCCCCAGGGCAGCCUGGUACGCAUCAUCCAGCGGGCAGGCCUGGUGUUCCCCAACAUGGAGGCCUACGCCGUCUCUCUCGGCCGCAUGCGCCAGUUUGACGACCUCUUCCGGAGUGAGACAGGCAAGGACAGGGAAAAGUCUCAUUCAUGGUUGAGCACCGGCUGGUUCACCAUGGUGAUUGCGGUGGGGUUGUGUGACCACGUGCACGUCUAUGGCAUGGUGCCCCCUGACUACUGCAGCCAGCGACCCCGCCUGCAACACAUGCCCUACCACUACUAUGAGCCCAAGGGGCCGGACGAGUGUGUCACCUACAUCCAGAAUGAGCACAGCCGCAAGGGCAACCACCACCGCUUCAUCACGGAGAAGAGGGUCUUCUCAUCCUGGGCCCAGCUGUAUGGAAUCACCUUCUCCCACCCCUCCUGGACUUAGACCGGCCUGCCUGUGGGGCACUCAGAAGGGACACAGGAAGUGGGUCUCCGCCCAGCCACCUCUUGGCCAAUCAAGGCUGGUCGGAGUGUCUUCUGACCAAUCAGGCCCUUGAAGAGGGUGUAGCCUCCAGCCAUUCAGGGCUUGGGGGCAUCUCUUGGCCAGUCAGGGAUUUGGGUUCCUAUGUCAUUUAUCCGGUGUUGAGGGUAUUUCUCGUCCAGUCAGGGUCUGAGCAUAGUCAGUCAGGGUAUUUCUGAGUAAACUGAGGUGAAGGACAUGUCCUUCCCCAAUGAGGCCUUGGUUCAGAGCCCCAGGAUAGACCCCAAAUUGUUUCCUUUUUGCUGGGGCAGCAGUGUCCUAUCCCAAGGAUCUAGGAACUUUGUGUUGCCCUCUCACUUCCCAGAGCCAGAAAGAGUUUGCGUGGGAGUGGGAGCUUUCUGGAGGCCAGGCUGGGGUGUUUGUUGGGUUGUCUGGGGGAUGGUGUUGGGGGUGGGAGGCCGGUAUUGGGGGUUUUGGCUCUGCCCUGAGUAGCCUUGGACAAACCCCCUGCCCCUCUCUGGGCAUCCUUCUGCCUGCAUCAGCUUCUAAUGUGGAGUCUGAGAACCUUUGCACCUCCCCCACCAACGUCCAUGGGUCUGUCCUCUGUUAAGACUGGAUUCCUCCAGCCAUCACCCCUUGCUGGGGGGCUCAGCUCCCUGAAGGUCUGAGGUUCCCUUCCCCACCUCCUCCUGGAAACUUGAGGAUAUUUUUGUGCAAAUUCCCCUGAGUUUAGGGGACUCAGAUAGGAAGGGACAAACCUUCAGCUGUUUUCUUAUUCCCUCUGCCCAGCUGCCAUUAGCUUGGCUCUUAAAGAGCCAGGCCCCCUUUUCUAUCAUCCAGCAGUGAGGUUUUCCACCUGUUGGAGGAGACUUUGGAACUAAGAAAGGAGAGGAUCCCAGCCAAAUCAGGGUUUCUUUCAGCCUCUUUGUCUGUAGCUGCUGGAACUGUCCAAAGGUAUCCCUCCAGCUGGGCCUGGGAAGGCUUUAGGGGACUGGAAGCUGUGUCACCUGGGUUCUGUCUCGUCACUUUAUUGGCACUUUAUUGCUGGGCCUCGGUGGGGUGGGUUUACCCCCCUGCUCUUCUGGAACCUCAAAGGGAAGACCAGAGGACUUCCUGGAAGAGGCUGUGGAGUGGAGGGGUCAGGUGAAGGAGGAAGAGGCCAGCAGUGAGCCACUGCACAUUGGAGUGGAGGGGUGGGGGCCAGCAACUACCCCAGACUUGGUUUUGUAAUGAUUUGUACAGGAAUAAACACACCUGAGUUCCA